AUGUCGAACGCUGACGUUGUCUUAAACCCCGCAGAACCCACCACUAAUGCGCCGCCUGGCAAGAUUGAACCCGACACGGCGGAAUUUGGCUCGUGCGAACCGGAUCCGAGAAGGAUCAUUAGUGUGGACCACUUUGACUACCUUGCACACGAAUGUACUCAGUUGAGCGACAUAGGCAAGUUAUUUGCCGGUGCGCUGAAGUUGCCAUCUGUAGUUACAUCCAAAGGGAGGGCGAAGUAUUUCAUCGACGAAGUAGAAAAGCUCGCAUCUACACAAACACAAGAUUCCCCUAGUACCUUCGCGUGGGAAUUCACUGAGAAACUCAUACGGAUUGCCGCUCAAAUCCCACCUCGCAACUUAGCACAAGCCGUCCUUGUGAAAACCAUAGCCUCACUAUACGCCACUGAGGAAAAGGAUGAGGUCAAUCAGUGGAGGAGUCUAAAGUCUUUUAGCAUGUCCAUGAGAGAAGCCUGGAAUCUUUCCCCAAACAUUGGAACCGGUCCAUCGUCUAAACACAACUUUACCGGAUAUCAGUGGAUAGACCUCAACUCUUUUCUCGCCAAGCUUCAUCAAAAACAAAUUGUGCAAUUGGAAAACUAUCCAAUUUGGGAACUUAGAUCUAGCCUCGAGACCCCACUGUCAAGCGAUGGUGAACCAGCAACAGACAUCAGGAUACGAGUGGUGGAGGAAUGGCUUCGCCAAACGGCACCUCGACUCCUACAAGACUCACUCCUAAGCACUUUUUCGGAUUUCCCUGAAGGAGGGAAUCGUGGUCGUCCGUAUCGCGGAGGGCCACUAUACACCGGCGAAAGCGGGUAUAGUCUUGAGCGAUGGUGUUUUUGGAAGCGUCGUCUCCGGGAAAUAAGAACCGAAGUCGACGAGGACCUGCGCGUUGUGGUUGAUGAGGCUACUGAGUAUAUGACCCGGGCUGAGAAGAAUCAAGGGAUGCUUGCUAAGCGUUCAGCCAAUCUGGCUGGGUGCAAGUCCGAUGGCGAUCAACCUGAAUAUGAGGACAGCGUGGUUAGCGAUUCAUUCUAG